AUGCGACGCCUCCGCGAUGACGAUGACGAUAGGUCCGAAGAGGGAUUCAGGGCUCGGAAGCAGCGCAAACAGCGCCCGUGUUUCAGUUGCGCAGAUUCCGCCGUACAGCCUGGGCACCAGAAAGAUUCUCAGAAUGAUCAAUUCCAGGAGACCAAGCAACCAGAACCUCAAGAGCCGCUCGAUACGAACGCAACUCGUCUCGAAAACGCUCAGCCGUUUAAUCCGAACUUGAAUCAACACACCAUAAAUCGUUCGCAUCACAUACCUUCGCGCUCCAACGCCAGCGAUCCCAACCAAGUCAACCCUCUUACUCUCCUUGCUCACGCGCUCGAACCAUACACUACUCAGGCUCCAUCUCCUCGCACUCCAGCUUCGGCGCCUUCUGGCAGGCUGGAGGAGCCUGCACAUAGCAUCAACACUGGAACCAGUGCUUCCAGCAACCCUGCCCGCUAUACUAUCGAGGAUGAACGGGAAAAUGGUUCUUACGGCACUUUGAUGCUGGGGAAGAGAGGUCGAUCAAAGUAUCUUGGCCCAACAGCAGGGAGUGAAUGGUUGAAAGAGUCGGAAACACAAGAUGUACCAGACACACCAUGCAUGACGCGUGUCCCUUCUCCGGUGCUCCCUCAAGACUUGCUUGCUGCCCAACCUAGUGUCCUAAGUAUUGGCACUACCAUCGUUGGGUUUCCCUUCAACGCGUCGCCGGCUCAUAUCAGUACUCGGGAACUGUUAGCUUGCCUGCCGUCAAGAGACGAGGCAUGGACCCUGGUAGAAUCGUACUAUCGCUAUUGCGCCUGGCAUCACAAUGUAGCUCCCAAACCAUCGUUCGAGAAGACAUUCGAUCGAGUCUUUAAUCGUGCAGAAAGUGGCUCCUCUUCUCCGCCCAUUAACUCCCAGGAGAUCGCCCUUGUCUUCAUCAUUAUGGCCCAAGGAACUAUGUUCAAUAUCGAGAUGCCCAAUUGCGAUUCGUCUGCUGAAGAGUGGCUACACCUUUCAGAAAGAGCCUUAGUGAAAGGAGAAUUUCUGUCAAACAAUACCGUCGCUGGACUGCAAACUCUGUAUCCUCUAAUCACUCCUGCAGUGCUGAUUUGCGCACUGCUUCUCGCGACCGCUAAGACUAAAGACAGAUCCGCCAUCAAUCCCGAGCAUUGCGAUACCGCUUUUCCAUCCGAGCCAGUCAGGCCCAACGGAGAAAAGAGUUACUCGAUCCUCCGAUUCAAACUGUCUCAAAUUUCGUCAGAGAUUCUCAAUAUGGCUAUGAAGGUGCGGAGGCCAGCAUAUUCCGAAGUCACCGAUCUGGACCUUAGACUUUCCGAGUUCGAGCACAACAUCCCAUAUUCUCUCCGCUGCAGAGCAGCGCUCUUGGCUACUCCGUCUCGCUACCCUCAACUUGAAACGGCGAUCAGUGCCUCUCCAGAACCAUCUCGCAUGUCACUUACCAUUUCUUUCCGGCAAACAAACCUCGCUUUAAAUGUCUCCGAGACCAUCAUCAACCUUCACCGACCUUAUUAUGCAAGAGUACUCCAUGACGCCGACCACGGCGAGUCAGUAUACAAACCGUCUUUCUACAUUGUAAUAGAGCGCUGUGCCUAUCACGUCUUUGGUUCAGCCUUAUGCCUUGGUACGUUGGUCCUGCGCGACCCGGCCAACGUCAUGGCCAAUUUCGCUCUGACGCAAAUCGAUGCCGCCAUUAGCUUAUUCACCUCACUCCUCCAGCAUGGCGCCCACCCUCUACGCUACAAGCGCAAUUUGCAGUGGCUUUUGAACUUACGCACUCGUGCUUUGUCAAAAAUCUCCUCAGUACCCGCGUUGCAGGGGGGUAAUUCGCGGCGAGACACGGAUGCGGCUGGACAGAAUGAUGGUGAGGACGGCGACGGGGAUAGAGAGGACGAUGAGGAUGUCGAGUUGCUCGGUUGGCGUACCAGGCUCAUUGAGCGUAUGGGUCAAGGACACCAAAAGACGAUCAGGACCAUUCGCCUUUCUGAGACCCCAUCCGUGUCACCAAACAUGAACGUCACGAGUACGUCUCUGAAUAGUUUCCACCCUCAAGGCCAGGUGGGACUCUCCGAUAUGGCCAACUCGAACCCAUCUCUGCCUGCUGUGAACCUUGAUUCGACAAAUGAAUUACUACAUGACUUUUGGGAUCCCGUGCUUUUGCAAGAUGUCUUUGGCCCUUCUCAAGACCACCAAACCUCCUUGAUGAAUACGUGGUGGGACAAUAUGCCCAAUCCAUCUUAG